GAUACUAUACCAUCCGUAUCAUUCUCAAAUCAACAAUUUUAGCUUCUCACCAGCGUACCAAGAUUUAUAAAGACUCCUCUUUUACACCUCAACUUCGCACACGGUAGCAUUAAAAUGGCAUGUAAUUAAAAGAUGUUGAUUUGAAAAUAUUUGCUGACAGUCAAUAACAGUCUGGUUCACCAAACAUAAGUCCUAUUGCUAAUCGCAAUUAUCUGAAUCCUGACAGCCAAUCUGGAUGUCAGUUGGGUAGAAACAUUGCAAAACUUCUCAAGGACGGAGAUGUCGACAUGAUGGAUAUCAAAAAAGGUCUUCAGGAAAUCGAAAAGAGAAGAACAGCGGCACUAGAAGUUCUACUCCAAGCCGUCGAGCAACUUUCAACUGAUAAAGCUCAACGAAUUAUUAUGGAGAUCCUGGAUAGAAAUGCCAUCGCCAGAGAUUGGUUUGAAGAGCAAGGUGGUCUGAAAACGACACCUGGACAUACGCCGGAACGUGAGGAAUCUAUCAACCUCAUCAAGACAAUCGGUGUCUCAAACCUUCGUAGAGUAAUCAGAGUUUUUAUUAUCGAAAACGGUUUCAUUGAGGAAAUCUUGCAGAAGAAGUUGUUGGUUGAACAGAUGGAUGGCACUUUCACAAUUCGCGACUUCGGCCAGAAUUCUGUCCACGCUAUUCCAAGGGAUGGAUCCGAACAAGCCUUUCCUUCUACUCUACCAAGUUGAUAUUCGUUGUUGAUUUGUGGAAGGUUUCUGGUGAUGACCAGAAAGAAACGUCACAAAGGCA